CUCACGAUUGUAACACGUCAAACUAGAAAUCCUCCUUUCCCCGGAUUUUCUAUUUCGUUUCUAGCCACAACAACAUGUCCACUGAAGACGACGACCUCACGCGGCCACUGCUCGCCCAAGACAACGACGCAUCAUCACCAUCACCUGCGAAAACCGAACAAAAAAUAAACAUCUACGCCAUCAGUCUCAUCUUCCUCUUCACUCUCGUAUCCGACAUCGCCGACUUUGUCAGCAUCGCGCCUCUGACACGCGUCCUCGAAGACAUUACAUGUCGCAACUACUACAACACCUCUAGCCGGCCUGAUGAAUCCCAAUGCAAGAUCCCGCAGGUCCAGGGCCCCGUUGUCGAGAUUUUCGGCAUGCAGACCUUCUUUGACGGCAUCGUCGGUAUUCUCCUCGGCCUCUACUUUGGUGCGCUCGCAGACCGAAUCGGCCGUCGCCCCAUCUUCAUCACAAGUGCCACAGGCCUAUUCCUCGCAUCGUGCUGGACGCUGCUCGUCUGCUGGAUGGAGUGGCCGCUCCGCCUGGCAUGGCUCUCGUCCACAUUCCUCCUCAUUGGCGGUGGCAGCGCAGUCUCCAAUGCCUGUUUGACUAUGAUUCUUACCGACUCUACGCCGCAGUCUGCGCGAUCGAGUGUUUUUCUCUACUUUACGGCGUCGUAUCUUGGCUCAGAGGUCAUUGCGCCGCCAAUCGCAUCCUACUUUAUCGACACGGAUCCCUGGAUCCCGCUGCUUCUGGGUCUUGGAUGUCUGGCUCUAGCGGUUGUUAUUGCAGCUAGUACUCCAGAAACGCUCCCAAAACCACUCGACGAUGCGGAACAGCAGAUCAAAGAGGAGGUUUCCUUCAAAAGCACACUUAGACACGUCGUCAAGUCCAUUGCGUAUAUUCGAGACCAUCCAACCCUCUUGCUACUGGUUUGCGUCUUUUCUGUUUCCGAUUUUGCUCGCCAAUCCUUAAUGUACCUGGUGCAAUACGUCUCCAUCCGAUACAAGCUCAGUCUUGGAAAGGCAAACUAUUUGCUGUCAUGGAGAGCCGCUGCAUCCAUACUUCUCAACCUUCUCAUCCUGCCGCUCGUCGAUAGAACAUUGCGCGUAAACAGAGCCAUGGAGCCAGCUAGAAAAGAUAUGUUACUAGCUCGAGUCAGUAUCUGCUUUAUCACAACGGGCUUUGUCAUUCUAGCGCUUGCCCCUAACGUUGCAGUUGUUAUUUCUGGACUUACGCUGUACACGCUUGGUGGCGCAUUUGGCAUCUUUCUACGCUCGCUUAUAAGCAUGCUUGUUGAUCCGCACAGGUUGGGCAGCAUAUACAGCACGUUAUCUCUCAUGGACACUGUCGGAUCGCUAGUUGCUGGUCCAGUACUAGCACAGGCACUCAAAUGGGGUAUCCGCUGGGGCGGCAUUUGGCGCGGGCUUCCGUAUAUUUUUUCAUCGGCUCUCUGUGGAGCAGCUGCCGUUGCCUUGUUGGCGUCAAGAGCUCAUAAAAUAAUAGAGUUGUGAGGAACCAAAAUGUUGACCUGCCAGCGAACCAGUCUGUUGCAGGUACAAGUCACUUACAUUCACACCUAUACACAAGAAUUUGACAAAAUACAUUUAUAUUUUCAAUCUAUAUGGCCAACCCGAAAAGUCCACCUCUAUCAAAAUAGUAUACUUUAAGGUUCUCCCCCAAUCUUGAACCCCGGCCCAGCAUACGCAUCACACAACCGGGCCACCCGCUUGAGAGCAUCCAUCUGAUGACUCCUGGGCAUCAACAUAUGGCCUUGUCCCGGAUACGUGACAAACUCGCACGGCAAGCCAUAACAACGCAAGGCACGUUGAAAUGCCACGGCCUGCCAAUACGGGCAUCGGUUGUCCAGCUCGCCAUGCAGAAUCAGCACCGGCGGAAUUACCAUCUCGCCCCUGCGCUUCGCCUCUUCCACGGCAUGCUUCAUUUCCCAUAUGGCACUAGCCUUUCGCGCAGUAGUGUCAUCCCUAUCAAUCUUCCACGGGCCCUUGAAUCCAGCCAGCUCGACUUGGUCCGUAGGGCCACAAUCAGACCCCAGCAUGAGGCUGUCAAUAUCACAGAAGCCGGCACCUGCAAUCACAGCAUUAAACUUCCAUCCCAGGUUGUGUAGGCCGUUGCGUACAGCGCACAGGUACGCAAGAUAACCGCCCUGGCUCCAGUAUCCAACGACCAUUCGCUUCGGGUCGGCAAGGCCUUGCUUAAUCGCAUGGUCCGUCACGCUAAUCACAUCUUCGUAGUCAAAUGUGCCAAUGCCGCGGCCGCUCCAGGCCGCGAAGCGCUGACCGUAGCCGGUGCUGCCGCGAUACUGGAUGAGCAAGAUGCCGUAGCCCUUGUUGAGGAGGUAGGGUGUCCAGGAAAAGCGGGAGGGGUCAAAGUUUAGACUGUCUCUAUAUGUUGGGCCGCCAUGGGGCAUGACAACCGUUGGAAGAGGCUUAGCCGGCUUAGAGUCAGAGUCAGAGCCGAUUGAUGCCGUCGGCACAAUAAAGAUGCCCUCGAUAUCUUCUUCGUUGUCUAAGGAUCGGCAAGUAAAUAUGUGUGUCGUUGCGUUGACUUUGUCUUUCACAGCCUUGCCAAAGUUGGAUAACUGGAUGGUGUCUUUGCCGCUCCUGACAACAUAUGCCUCGCAUGGCUUGUCCGGCGUAGAAAGGCCGAGAGCAAACAUGGGCUGCUGUGAUUCGGGGUCAAUUCCAACACUCCAUUGCUUAAAUGACUCGCCAUUAGCGAACAUGACGUUGCCGUCAAUAUCGCAUACUUCGUCCUGAAUUCGGUUUUGACGUCGGAUGUACACCUUAUCGCCCUCUUUCAAAAUCUGGACCGGUGAGUCUGUCUCCCCGAGCGCGGCCCUGUUGAGAGUUGGUUCGGCCGCCAAUGUGUCAACGGAGUGAGCACCCGAAUUUCCUUUGAUCAGAUGAAUCUCGUAGGGUGCGAUAAAGUACAGCUUUCCAUCCGUCAUAUAAGUAAGAUCGUACACUUCAGCAAGAACAUUGUAAACAUGGCGGAUAGCGCCACUGUCAACAUCUACCACAGAUAGCCUGGCACCAGAAAGGACAGGCUCAGGUUCCUCGGUAUUGGCAGCACUGCUGUAUGCGAUGCUCUUGCCAUCAGGAUGCCAAUCCAUCUCGUAGACAUGGCGCUUUUCUUCGCUGAGCGUGCGGACUUUGCCCGACUCAAUGUCCAGGAUACGUAGCCUUCUGUAGAUCCAGUCCUCUCCCCAGACUUGAGGAAGAGCCCCAUCCUUUUCCUCUUGCUCCUUCUUUUCCUUGGAAAUCUCAUCAUUGGACAGGAAUGCAAUCGUCUUGCCAUCAGGGGAUACUUUAAACGACUGUACGCUGUUCCUAGCCUCUGUUGAUGAAACGGGGCGUGCGUCUCCGCCAGUCAGAGGCAUCAUCCAUAUCGACUGCGCAUCUCCUGGACUGGCCCGAUCAGACAGAAAAAUAAUAUGGUCUCCAUCUGGGUGCCAUUCUGGGUUACUGUCGUUGAAGAGGCCAGUGGUCAACUGCCGAGCAGACCCGGCUUGGUCAGUGGCUGCAAGCCAGAUGGUGCCUUUUUGCUUUUCCUUGGCCCCAAUGAAGGUUAGGCCACUCUGAUAGACCAGCCUGUCGCAUUUCGGAGAAAAUCGAAAGUUUACUGGGCUGUCCAGGUUGUAGAGUUCCUCGGCCAAGUCUUCGUCAAAGACACCUGGGGUCACGACAACGUCUUUCACUAUUUCGGAGUCGGCCAUUAUUUCGUGUUUCGCAAUUAUCGUUUUUUGUUUUUCAAAUAGUAAAGUUCAAUAAUAUGGACCUCCUCCACCAGAGAAUUGCGUCGUUCUAUCCGGGGGUUAUAUAGCUGGUCGAUCACUAGCGCGGGGUUGCCUUGCCCAAGUCCGAGACUCGCGUGCGAGGCUGGCCAGCUUCAAUCCUAAUUAGGAAGCCCAUAAUGCACUUGUGUCAAGCCCAUUAUGCAACUCUGUCAGCAUACGCAAACUGUUUCGCGGCCUCAACCGACGCCCAUGACACUAGCCCUAUUCUGCCGAGAGCCUUACGAAGCCUCACUCCAAAGCUUUGUUGGAAAUGACGAAUUGCCCAAUCAGGUCUGCGCCUCGCUUAAAUAGCAACAAGAAACAUACGCCAAAAUUGGUGAAAACAAAAUAGUCCGAGUUUGACAAAUGCGAGCUGCGUUUUGGCCCGUGCGUCAUUCAUUAUUCGUGCAUCUGUCUAACAUUCAAGUUGAUGCGCUUGUUCUUCAUCCAGCCCUCCCAUUCCGUAUACUCGCCAUCCUUUGCGGGCCAAUUCUCCAGGUAAUCCGGACACGUACCAGGCAGGACUUUGGGGACGCCGUGCCACGCAUACCGCGACUCUUGCGUCAUGUAGAUGGCGUCGCCGGACCGCAGUCUAAGCAGCAGGUACUCUUUCUCUGUGCUCUCCUCUCCCACCACCGGCUUCCAUCCAUUAGGAGCAAUCAUGAAUAGCCCGUCGCAGCCUAGACUCAAGCUUACGAGGCCUCUAUCAGUAAACUCGCUGACGUCUCUGUGCAUCAUCAUGGUAUCGCCUGGCGUGUAAAAGUUGACAAUGGCUGCCUGGGCAUCUGUGUCUGGGAAGAGCGCGUCCAGAAACGCAGAGAUGUCCUGCGGAAACGUAGGCGGCCGUUCGUCAGGAUACACGCGGUUUGUCCAGUCAUAUUGGCCACCAAGCGUCACCCAAUGUAGACGGCGCUGAAGGACCUGGCGUGCAUUGAGGGGCUUGUGAACAGAGGGGUCCUUGGGAGUGAAGGUCUGGUCGGAUUCUGGUGCCAUUGAGAAGAAGGAUGCAGAGUCAGCAGGGUAUGGAAGGGUGUAAUGGAGGUGAAGGUUUGUUUGAUGAGUAGGGUUGCUUAGAUCGCGAUGCAGCAUCUUUUCCAGUAGGAUUGUUUGCAUCUCUGGCGGAACCAUGUUGGGGAUGAUGAGCAGACCUG